GCACAGGAGUUUGCGGAGGUGACCACGAAUCCUCCUGCGGGGAUGCAGAUCAGCCUUGUCGACGAAUCCAACGUCCACAACUGGAACAUCAUAAUGGACGGACCCCCAGGCUCACCUUACGCUGGCGGAAAAUUCCAUCUCCUCCUUGUGCUCCCUGUCGAAUACCCAUUCAAGCCGCCCACCAUAAACUUCAAGACCCGCAUCUGGCAUCCAAACGUUACGUUCGAUGACCAAGGCAGCAUGUGCAUCGGAAUCCUGAAAGGAGAGACGUGGAAGCCGAGCAGCAAAAUCAUGAACGUGCUAGUGGCCACGCAGAAUCUGCUGGUUGAGCCCGUCCCGGAUGACGCGCUGGAGGCACAAGCGGCAGAAAUGUAUAAGAAUGAUCGGCCGGCAUAUGAGAAAGAAGCCAUUAAGUAUACGGAGAAGUAUGCUAAAGGGAAAUAA